AUGAUUCGCCACACGGGCUGCCUUCAUUAUUGCUUGCGGCAUGUCUGUGUGCGCCGGACGGCGAUUGUGUCUGCUACCCUGGCUACCCACCAUCCCGCCCUUUCUUGCUUUUCCCCAUUCGUUAGAGAUCGCCUUCAGGCUGAUGCUGCGUAUUCAGCGAUGGCAUCCUCCUGCCGCCUUCAAAGCACACAUGCGGGGAACGCCUCUCGCACGGCUGCAACAGAGACCGGACCCGGAAUGAUACACAAUAAAGACGCCAACUCAUCAACUUUAUCGCUUGAAGAAGUGUGGGCCCUGUGGAACGAGGGGAACCUCUUUUCCCUCUCCGUCGCCCAGAUGCAGCAGUUCCUGCAAUCGGCGGGAAUUCAAACGGCCCAAGGGGCUAACAAGGCGGCCCUUGUGCGGCGUGUUGAGGAGUACCUCCACGCGAAGGAGAGCUCCACGUCGUCGGACACCCCCUCCCUCCCGCCGCAACUGCAACGGGGAGGGGGGUACGGUCCCCCUUGUGAGAACACCGCGGUGCCCCCGGAGACGCUUCUUGAUUUAGCCCAAUCGGGAUUUUAUGAGGGCACCGCCAAUAUGGCCCCCAAGGCCUUUCAGCUCCUGACGGAAGGGACCUCCACGGAUAUGGUUGUCUCCCGCGUUAACACCUCCACCUUUCCCGCAUUCCCGGCGAACACGGAGUGCUAUACAUUGACACCCACGGAUCCAAACACGGCGCUGCGUUCGCGCUUCAGUAAGGUGUUUCAGUGGUGCUUACUGAACAUGUGCAACCUCCAAAUGGAUGGUGAGCUCUCGGUGUCUUUAGGAAAGCUUUUACUGGAUUCAAGGGCAAUGCAGCGCGGUGAGGCCGUCGUCUCCACAUACACUAUGCAACAGCGAUUGCAGCUCAAUAAACUGUACACGUGGGUUACCGCCAUUCCCGAGUCGGCUAUUACUACUGUGGAGACCUUCCUCAAGGAUCAAGGUUUUUUCCCGGUCGGUGAGGAACGUCGUAAAGAGACCCCCCCUCCGCUCUCAUAUGAGGUGAUAAUUAAGCGCGCGAAGGAUAAACUGCAUGCUGACUUGGAUGCAACAGGGCGGCUGUCUGCCCUUCACAAUGAAUGGGUUGACAUUCAAACCGUGCAUCACACGCGACCGCGGGGGCCAGAUGUGCGACUCCUGCUUCGCUCCCGGCCACCCAUAAGCCGUACGGUUAUUGAAACUUACCAAUCGUUUCCCAUCAUUGAACUCUCGAAUGACGAUGUCAACGAUGUGUUGCCACCUGAGCAUGGACAGAUAAUUUACCUUUCAGAAAAUGAAACACGGCGCUUUGAACGUGUAAACGACCGUGGUAUCGUUAUAACUGUGUUAGAGAUAAAACGGCAGCCUUUGAUCGUGCUGCGUGACGACGAGGAAGAUCCUCGAAUAGAGUAUACCAUCUCUGUUGUGAUUCCUGCAAGCGCUGGUGGAAGGACCAUGGAUGUGCGUGCGGUAGGGUUGGAAAUAUUUGAACUGGCUACUUCCUUGGCAGCGGCGGUCGAAACACCUUUUGCUGAGGCGUAUGGCUGCACCGCAGCUUAA